CGUUAACCUCACUGGUGUGACUGUGAGCAACAGGGUGACGGGGGAGGGCUAUGGAGCAGACAACCUGUGCAGCUCCUGUGCUCCCAGACCGCAGUGAGUGCCUGUAUACAAACUGCUACUGUUUCCAAAGAACUAAAAUUAAUCAGGAAUUAUUUUUUUUCUAAAGUGAAGAAAAUGUCUGGAAGCUCUGUGAAUACAUCAGAAAUCAUGCUCCAUGUUCUUUGGAAGAAUUUUCUGCUGUAUUUAUAUCCAAUGAAAACAAAAUGAUUCCGAUAUGGAAGCAACAAUCAGGAAAAGGUGAUGAUCCUGUAAUAUGGGAUUAUCAUGUGUUAUUACUACACAUCUCCAGUGGGAAGCAGAAUUUUAUUUAUGAUCUAGACACAAUGCUACCUUUUCCAUGUUCUUGCGAUAUAUACGUACGAGAAGCUCUCAAAUCUGAUCGCAAUAUCCAUGUUAACUUUAGAAGGAAAUUGAGGGUUGUAGGAGCUGACGAGUUUCUGAGAACAUUUGCUUCAGACAGAUCCCACAUGAAAGAUUCCAGCAGUAACUGGACAAAACCCCCACCGCCAUAUCCAUGUAUCCAAACUACAGAAUCAACCAUGAACCUUGGUGAUUUUAUAAGCAUGGACCCUCAGGUUGGAUGGGGCGCUGUUUACACUCUGGAAGACUUUACCAAAAAGUUCAGCCCAUUGGCUUGAUUUCUGAGAUGUUCACCCUUAUAAAUGUUACUAGAUCUUAUGUUGCCCAAAAAGAAAUACAUAACUGUUAUGUGAAACACACCUAGCUUCCACUUCACAUAACUUGUUUAUCUUAUCCUUAAGCUUCACUGCUAAGCUGAAUUCAUUUGCCUAAUGCCAUGAUAACACCAUUAUAUUAAACAUUGGAAACUAAGCUCACUGAACGUAAAGGGGUAUAAAGAACUUUUACUUUUGUACCACGCUCCCUAAAGGCCAAAAAGCAAAAUCCGUAACUUAGGUUUUCAAAAUGCUUUGAAUGAACUAAACCAGCUAUUUAUUUUGUAGGUUACAGAAUUUGAAUUUCAGCAUCCCUAGGGAGUGUCUGAUAAAGCACAUAUUUUUACACAAAAGCAAGAGGCUUUUAAAGGGAAAUUAAACCCAAAUGUUGAAGCACUGGAAAGUGAUGCAGCAUAUUUGUAAAAAGCUGACAAAAAAAUAUCACAUGAACAUCUCUAAGUAAAAAAGGAAGAUAUUUUACCUCAAAAUGUCCUCAGUAGCCACUUCCUAUUGUAAAAGGACUUUAAGCAGCCAAUCAGGAUCCCAGACCCAGCACUUGCAAUGAAGUGGGCAUCUGGCAUGUGCAGGCACAGUCAUUUUAUUUCCCUGCUCAUUUUAAGGAAGUUUACUAUAAUUUCAGUAAAGCAAAGCAUUGCCUCAGCAGUGCUGAUGCUGACUGGCUUUUGUUUUAUUUUUUUCAACAUACAGCUGGACAGUAGCUGUAGAAUAACUGUUCACAUAGCGCUUACUCUUGUGAGCUGAAGAAAAUUUGAGGUUAAAUAUCUUCCUUAUUUACAUAGAGAUGUUAAUGUGAUAUUUUCUUGUCGGCUUAAUGUCCUUUUAAAGCAUAAACUUUAUUUUUUUAAUUCUAAUAUACAUAAUUGUGAAUGUCACCAGCAGAGUUUACCUGUUAGAGAAAUAAUUUAGAUUUUCUAAAAAAGAACAAAAUAUCAUCGAUUCUAUACAUUUUGAAGCACAAUUUUAUUAUAAUAAUAUUAUUUUGCUUUGGAGUAAUUUGUUUAACCCCUUAAUGACCACAUCACUUUUCCAUUUUCUGUCCGUUUGGGACCAAGGCUAUUUUUACAUUUUUGCGGUGUUUGUGUUUAGCUGUAAUUUUCCUCUUACUCAUUUACUGUACCCACACAUAUUAUAUACCGUUUUUCUCGCCAUUAAAUGGACUUUCUAAAGAUACCAUUAUUUUCAUCAUAUCUUAUAAUUUACUAUAAAAAAAAAUAUAAAAUAUGAGGAAAAAUUGAAAAAAAAAUACACUUUUUCUAACUUUGACCCCCAAAAUCUGUUACACAUCUACAACCACCAAAAAACUCCCAUGCUAAAUAGUUUCUAAAUUUUGUCCUGAGUUUAGAAAUACCCAAUGUUUACAUGUUCUUUACUUUUUUUGCAAGUUAUAGGGCCAUAAAUACAAAUAGCACUUUGCUAUUUCCAAACCAUUUUUUUUUCAAAAUUAGCGCUAGUAACAUUAGAACACUAAUAUCUUUCAAGAAUCUCUGAAUAUCCAUUGACAUAUAUAUAUUUUUUUUUAGUAGACAUCCCAAAGUAUUGAUCUAGGCCCAUUUUUGUAUAUUUCAUGCCACCAUUUCACCGCCAAAUGCGAUCAAAUAAAAAAAAUUGUUCACUUUUUCACAAAUUUUUUCACAAACUUUAGGUUUCUCACUGAAAUUAUUUACAAACAGCUUGUGCAAUUAUGGCACAAAUGGUUGUAAUUUGUUCUCUGGGAUCCCCUUUGUUCAGAAAUAGCAGACUUAUAUGGCUUUGGUGUUGCUUUUUGGUAAUUAGAAUGCCACUAAAUGCCACUGCGCACCACACGUGUAUUAUGCCCAGCAGUGAAGGGGUUAAUUAGGGAGCAUGUAGGGAGCUUUUUGGGGUAAUUUUAGCUUUAGUGUAGUGUAGUAGACAACCCCAAGUAUUGAUCUAGGCCCAUUUUGGUAUAUUUCAUGCCACCAUUUCACCGCCAAAUGCGAUCAAAUUAAAAAAACCGUAACAUUUUUCACAAUUUUAGGUUUUUCACUGAAAUCAUUUACAAACAGCUUGUGCAGUUAUGGCACAAAUGGUUGUAAAUGCUUCUCUGGGAUCCCCUUUGUUCAGAAAUAGCAGACAUAUAUGGCUUUGGCGUUGCUUUUUGGUAUUUAGAAGGCCGCUAAAUGCCGCUGCGCAUCACACGUGUAUUAUAGCUAGCAGUGAAGGGGUUAAUUAGGUAGCUUGUAGGGAGCUUGCAGGGUUAAUAUCACAUUUAGUGUAGAGCUCAGCCUCCCACCUGAAACAUCAGACCCCCUGAUCCCUCCUAAACAGCUCUCUUCCCUCCCCCACCCCACAAUUGUCCCCGCCAUCUUAAGUACUGGCAGAAAGUCUGCCAGUACUAAAAUAAAAGCUAUAUUUGUUUUUUUGUGUGUUUUUAAAAAAGCAUAUUUACAUAUGCUGCUGUGUACUAUCCCCCCUUAGCCCCUAACCUCACUGAUCCCCCCCCAAACAGCUCUAUAACCCUCCCACUCUAACUUAAUCUGCGCCAUCUUGGGUACUGGCAGCUGUCUGCCAGUACCCAGUUUAGAAGAAAACAUGCUUUUUUUUCAUUUUUACAAUUUUUUUCUGUAGUGUAGCUUCCCCCCCACACCAAACCAACCCCCCACCCCUCCACGAUCUCUUUUUGUGCUUUUGCACAAACAAGAUUUGGGCAUUUCUUACUAAAGAUAUUUUCCGUAGUGUAGCGGUUCCCACCCGCUCCCGCCCAUGCACGCGCCCGCCCGCCACCCUCCGUGCACGCGCGCGCGCCCGCGCGCACCCCCUAACGUUCCCGCCCCCGAUCCCGCCUCCCUUGACUUCACAGCGCACACCGAUGGCCGCCCACCCGCCUCCCAAGCCGGCUCCCACCCACCAACGAUACCGGCCAUCGAUGUCCGGUGCAGAGAGGGCCACAGAGUGGCUUUCUCUGCACCGGAAGGCCAUGUAAGGUUAUUGCAGGAUGCCUCCAUAUCGAGGCAUCACUGCAAUAACCGGAAAGCAGCUGGAAGCGAGCAGGAUCGCUUCCAGCUGCUUUCCACACAGAGGACGUGCAGGGUACGUCCUCAGGCGUUAACUACCUUUUUUUUGAGGACGUACCCUGCACGUCCUCGGUCAUUAAGGGGUUAAGCAUUGAGUUUAACUCGGUUAUAACAGUUUUUACUGUUCCUUUUUUUUUUUUUUUUUUUUUUUUUACAUUCUUGUUGACAUUUUAUAUUUUGCUCUGAGGGGCCAUCGGCAAUAAACAUUUAUUUUAUAGCUUAAGGAAUGUAAGUUUAACUUAUUGUUGUGUUUGAAAUCUGACAUUUUGAUAUGCAAAAAAAAAAUAAAAAAAAAUAUUUAACAUU